AUUACAGUCGUGGACACAGGGACGUUCAGUCAUUGUUUGUGACGCCUGUGCUGUGAAACCGGCUAGCAUGAGUCAGAGAGACAUGCAGGAUAAGCUGUUGUGCGACUGUUCACCAGGCCCGGGACCACACCCCGUCCCCAGGUGGAGACUACCUGUAGGGAGACAGUCAUAAAGAGUUCGCAUGUGGUUCAUGUUCUCCUCCUGCGGCAACUAGGUAUUUGAGGAGGUGUUUAAUAUGGAGCAGUGUAUGAGGAAGCCAGAGGUCAGAAAAACUGCCAAACCACAGCCACCAAAACCAUCCCUAAAGCCCAAGGAUGCUCCCGCGCCCCCCCCAACCGAACCGGGCCGGACCCAGCAGCUCAUCCGGAGGAUAGAGAUGGCCAAGGAACAGGGUAAUGGAAACCCGGUGCAGGCAGAGACCGGAGAAAGACCUGUGGCUCCACCCCGACCGGCUGAGAGGGAAGCUAAGAUAACAGACCAAGCCCCCACAGAAGACUCAAAACAGAGAUCCCAACUUGGAGCAUUUCAUAAGAGCCAGAAGGAGAAGACUCCUGCCUUUACAAGCGCCGUGGGUAAGAACGCUGAGACCCAAGAUAAAGCCCAAGAUGGCCCCUCCAUGAAGAGUGGGAAGCAGUAUUCCAGCGACGAAGAAACAUCAGAAGAGGAGCAGUCUUCUGAGAGCCACCGGCCUGAGAAGCACACAGAUCCCAAGCCUGAAAAAGGAAAUAUCCUGUCUGGCAUAUUCCGGAAAAAAACUAAAGACAUCUCACCAUAUCCCUCAUUGACGGUCAGUGCAGCAGAUGAAGAGCCUGCUGACGAGGACAUCGUCUCCCCUGAAAAUCUUGAUGUUGCCAAGGAGGUUUCGGAGAGCAAUGACAGUCUGUCCGAAAGCAACCCAAAGGUAAAGGCAAAGAAGGGCAUUUUCGGCGGAAUCCUCCGGAAGACCCCGAAGCCGUCAGAGGCCCAGGACACGCAGUCUCUCUCCAGCGAGCUUUCAGCCAGCAAUGACAGUCUGUCUGAGACCGCCAAGACCACGAAGGACAAAGGCCACAUCUUCAGUGGGAUGUUCAAAAAGGACCCUAAGCUGUCGUCUGACAGCGGCCAGCCACAACAUGGGGAGGAACACUCGCUCCAGGGUAAGCUCUCGGGCAGCAGUGACAGUCUGUCAGAAAACAAGGAGAAAGGCAACCUGUUCAGUGGACUCCUCAAAAAGAUUCCCAAAGCACCGAGGGACAGCCAGGAAGACCUGUCCGGUCAGGGAGAGCUGUCCACCAGCAAUGACAGUCUCUCUGAACAGAAACAACCCAAGGAGAAAGGAGGUGCUUUCAGUGGAAUGUUCAAGAGAUCGAUUAAACAUGACGAACAGUCCCUGAAUGAGCUGGCGUCAAGCAAUGAAGGUCUAUCGGAAAAUAGCAUGGGGAAUCUCGCUAGGCAGAAGGAACUUUCAGAGAGCAACGACAGCCUGUCUGACACCAAAAAGACAAAGGAGAAAGCUAAACCGUUCAGUGGAAUGUUCCGGAAACCUAACCAAAGCAAACCAGUAGACGCUACUCAACCGGAGGAGGAUAAAGAGUCACCAAACAGUGAUCUCCUGGCUAGCAACGAGAGCUUAUCAGAGACCAAGGAAAAGGGAGCUUUGUUUGGUGUAAUUCUCAAGAAGACUCCCAAAGCCACCGUAGAUGCCACCGAGGACAAAGAGGUCGACAAGAAACUCCCGGUCAGCCAUCACAAUCUCUCUGAGGGUAACACUGUGAAGGAGAAACACAUCUUUGGCGGUAUCUUUAAGAAGCCCCAGAAGACAACGCAAGAGGAAAGCUCCGAUAACGAGGAGUCGAACCUGCCUGAAGAUGACUUCUCGGCUAUCUUCAAAGAUCUCUCUGAGACAACAACUCAGAAGGAGAAAGGAGGACUGUUUGGUGGGUUUCUCAAGAAGACCCCCAGAGCCACCGGCGACGACACAGAGGAGAAAGACAGCGAUAAGGAAAUCACCGCCAGCAAUGACAGUCUGUCUGAGGGUCACCCCGCAAAGGAGAAAAGCAUCUUUGGCGGUAUCUUUAGGAAGCCCCAAAAGCCAACACAAGAGGACAGCUCCGAUAGAGAGGGGUCGAACCAGCCUGAAGAAGACAUCUCGGCUAGCUGUGAGAAUCUCUCUGAGACCACAACUCAGAAGGAGAAGAAACCAGGAUUUUCCGGUUUGUUCAAAAGGACGGCCAGCAUCGACAACCUCGACCAGGAGGAGAAAGGAGGACUGUUUGGUGGACUUCUCAAGAAGACCCCCAGAGCCACCGGCGACACCUCGGAGGAGAAAGAUGGCACAAAGGAAAUCACCGCCAGCGAUGACAGUCUGUCGGAGGGGAAUGCUGCCAAGGAGACACACAUCUUUGGCGGUAUCUUUAAGAAGCCCCAGAAGCCAACGCAAGAGGACAGCUCAGAUAAAGAGGGGUCCAACCAGCAGGAAGAAGAAAAAUCAUCUAGCUGUGAAAAUCUCUCUGAGACCACUAAUCAAAAGGAGAAGAAAGGAGGUCUUUCCGGUUUAUUCAAAAGGUCCGCCAGCAUCGACAACCUGAAUGACAAUGAAGAGAAAAGUAUUUUCAGUGGCAUUUUUAAGAAGCCAGCAAAAGCCUUGGAAGGGUCUACAGCUGACGAGGAUAUUGAAGGAAGAUUAUCCAUCAGUGGUGAUGAACUUUCAGAAACGGCCAAGGAGAAAACGGGCGGGAUCUCUGGCAUGUUCAAACGCUCCCCCAAACCAGCUCCACGUUCCCUGGUCGCCAAGGACCCGCUCCAAGACACAAAUGAACUUGGCGAGAGUGACGAUGAAAGUCUGGCAGUGAAGGAUACGAAGACUUUACUGUCCGCCAGCAAUGACAGUCUGAACGAGGUUUCCACCACAAAAGAGAGGAUGAGAGCUUUUGGUGGGAUGUUCAAGAAGGCCCCAAAAGCAGUGGAACAACUGGACGAUGACGAGCCCAGACCACUACGGGGCGGUAGAGGGCUUAAACGCAGAAAGACCAUCACCAGGAAGAAACGGGUCGUGUCAUUCAGAGUCAAACGGACUCUUCCAAGAACUGCAAAGAGCUCCGACCUGCUCCCUCUGAUGGAGGAAGAGAGUGUGGAGAUGAGGGAGAUGACCCCCUUCCAGGAGGACUCAGUAGAGAUCCAGAAUGUGGAGAUGGCAGCCUACCCCACUGAGGAAAACAACCGCGAUGCUGAGGAGAGCGAUGAGCUGAUGGAAUGGUGGAACGGGGUCGUAGGUUGGGCAGAAUGGAACGAGACAUCAAACUUUCAGGAGGAAGAUGAGGAACGGGCGGUGGAGCAGGCGGCCGACCGUCUGUUCAUGGCCGCCCGGCUCUUCGUGCGUAUCUUCAACCAGCGCGGGGCGUCGCUGCAGCAGCGCAUCCUGGAGCUGCUGGCCCAGGCGGACGCCGCCGACCAGUUCCACAAGCGCACCGUGUCGGCGGCGGUGGGCGGGGGCGUGGCCAGCGUGGUGGGCAGCGUGGCCACCAUCACCGGGCUCAUCCUGGCGCCGUUCACCUUCGGCGCGUCCAUCAUCGUGACGGCGGUGGGCAUCAGCGUGGCCACGGCGGGAAGCAUCGCCUCGGCGUCGGCCAACAUCACGGACGCCGUGCACUCUAACAUGGACCGCAAGAAGGUGGAGAAGAUGAUCCAGGGGUACCAGGACGAGAUGAAGGACAUCAGCGAGUGCCUGGCCUUUGUGCAGGAAGGCAUGGUGACCCUUCAGGAGUGGGACUUCGAGAAGUACUCCCAGAGCGCCGCCAAGAAGGCGCUGAACCACAACAUCAAGCACGUCAUCAAGGAGGGCGGGCGCGCGGGCAAGGCCCUGGUGAUCAAGACCAACGAGCUCAUCAGCACCGUGCAGAUUCUGGGCGCGGCCGGGGGCGCGGCCAAGGCGGCGCAGGCCAUCAGCGUCACCACGGGCGUCAUGUCGGCGCUCUUCCUGGCGCUGGACGUCUUCUUCCUCGCCAAGGACUCGCACGAGCUGCGCAAGGGCGCCAAGACCAAGUUCGCCAAGAAGAUCCGGGAGGUGUGCACGGAGCUGCAGGCGGGCCUCCUGGAGCUGAACAAGGUGAAGUCGCAGCUGCAGAAGACCAUGGACGGCAUCGAGCUGGAGGAGGUGGAGGAGAUCCUGGAGGUGGAGGAGGAGGUGGACGAGGAGGAGAGCGCCGACGAGCUGGAGUCGGACCCCGCCAAGCUGGCCCAGAUGUACGAGGAGUUGGACGUCAUGGAGGAGAAGCUGGACAAGAGGGCGCUGGAGGAGAAGGAGCAGAGGGAGCGGGCCCAGAGGGAGAGGGAGCAGAAGGAGAAGGAGGAGAAGGAGAGGGCGCGCAGGGAGAAGGAGCAGAAGGAGAAGGAGCUGAAGGAGAAGGAGGAGAAGGAGAGGGUGCAGAGGGAGAAGAAGGAGAAAGAGGAGAGGGACAGGGCGCAGAGGGAGAAGGAGCAGAAGGAGAAGGAGCUGAAGGAGAAGGAGCUGAAGGAGAGGGCGCAGAGGGAGAAGAAGGAGAAGGAGGAGAAGGACAGGGCGCAGCGGGAGAAGGAGCGGAAGGAGAAGGAGAAGGAGAAAAAGGAGAAGGCGGGAAUCAAAGCGAAGGAGGAGCUGGUCCCAGCAGGGCGAGGCAAGGAGGAGGAGAAGAGGGACGAGGAGGGGGAGAAGGAGAAGGUAGAGGCAGGGAGCGGAGGGGAGCAGCAGGAGAAGAACAAGAAGGAGAAGGAGGAGGAGAACGACAGCAGCAGGUCGGCGAAGGGGACCAAAGCCCAGAGCGAGCGGGAGCGAAAGAGGGAGAGCGCCGAGGCGGAGAGCGCGACCGCGCCGGGCAGUCAGAAGGAGCCGCCGGGAGGAAAGAAGGCGAAGGAGGCGGAGAACAGAGCCACGACCCAGAGGGAGGAAGCCCUCGGUGGGGACACAGCGGAGAGGGCGACGGGGGACCACGGGAAGGGCAAGGGCGAGAAGAAGGAGAGGGACGGCAUCGGGAAAUGGCUGGGGGGCCUGAGACGAGGGGGCGGGGAGGUCGCAAAGGGCGGGACGGAGGCAAAGGGCGGGACGGAGGCAAAGAGCGGACCGGAAGUAAAGAGCGGACCUGAAGGUGAGCGUCAGGCGGAGAGGAGCGAGGAGAAGCUCAGCGCGGCGCCGAAGGAGAGCGGGGCGGAGACGGGUGGCAGCACACACGGGAGCAGACACAGCAGCAGCGGCAGCAGCAGCAGAAGCACACAUCACAGACACAACAGCAGCAGCAGCGCACACACCGACACACACACUGGAACACAAAGCGGCACCCACAGCAGACACGUGAGCAGCAGCAGCCACAGCGGGGGUCGGAGCGAGAGGGACCGAGCCAGGGGCCCCGGACCGGAGGGCAGAGAGGGCCCCCCGCAGCCCCGGGGAGACGGAAGCCAACGACGAGACGGCGGCCCGACGGCGGGGGGGGGGGAGACGGGGCCGGGGGGGGGAGAGGGGGGAGGUGAGGAGGAGGGAGUCGGAGAGGAGCCGGGAGGACGAGGAGACACCGUCGCCCAGGACGACGCUGUGGCACUGUGCGCUGGAUCUGGACGCGGGGGGGGGGGGGGGGGGAGGGAGGGGGGAGCCAGAGGGGGAAGCGGGGGAGCCGGACCAAGAGCGAGAGGAGUAAACGUCACGCGGGCCGGUUGUGGAAAUACUAAGCUCUGCUUGGAGGACCCCGAGGGCUGCGACCCAGCGGCAGGGAGCUGUCUCUUUGGCUCCGUAACGGCCGGCCUCGUGGAAGCCUCCAACGGCAGCAGCCUGAGCAUCACGCUCAGGCUGAGCGGAGAGUCCAACCAAUACGUAGCCCUGGGACUCACCGCCGAUCAACCGGAGGGAACCACAACGGUGUUUGUCUGCGGCCAAACAAACGGAUCAUUCCAAUUCUUCACGGCCAAGCGCAACAACAGCGCCAGUGACGGCGUUCUGACCCUCAGCGAGAUGGUGUGCCCCGCGAGCUUCCUCUGGCCAGUGGAGGACAUCCAGGGUCAGCUGACUGGCAGGAUGGUCCAGUGUAGUUUCACCGUCCCCAACGUCAAUGCCAUGGCAACAGGAGGCCGUCAUGUCACCACCUUCAUUGUUGAACUUGGAACAGGAGUGAUCAAUGGCAGUAAGUUCACUUGGUGCUGA